GUCGUUUUGAUGGGAUGGGCUGGGAUCUUAUACCCACUGUGCAGUAGACUGGUUUGAUCACUUUAGCUAGAGCUGAGACUUGUAAAACAGUUUGGUAUCGAAAGAUUGGCUGUACUUUGCAAAUAACAUGAAGAUCAGUUACAUAGUGGCAGCCUUCCUAAUAACAUUCCUUGGACCGGGAAAAAGUGAGACAGUUGAACAUGCCCCCAACGUCACUCCCCUAAACUAUGUAGGGAAGAUCACCACAGACACAGUCAUAUUGUCAACACCACAAUGCUACUUUGGAAUCCCAACCAACUCAUCUUGCAACCAGACUGACUGUGAGAUCUGGUUGGUGCCUGCACUGAAGUCCUCAAUCAACAAUUUUGAUGCAGAUCAAACAAACCCUGAUCUUUUGAGCCUGUCCCCUUAUCCCACUGCAUUCACUGCCAACGGCUCAAAGAACUAUUUCCUGACUAAAGUGGGACUCCUGAAAGAUUUCCUGUGUUCAUCUGCAUUUGCUAGAGACUCUGGAAGCACUUAUUUCAGAGUGGGAUCAGAGGGAAGCUGUACCACUACUAACUGCAAUGGAGUGCUACCUGAUGGCUCCACUGUGAAUUUUAAGUAUCUCGUUCUUGAUCCUGCCAACAAGGCGGUUUUAUCUGAGACAAAGUGGUCUGAUGACAUCUCUCUGUACACCUCGCAGAAUCCUGAUGCCAUCGAUGACAGCCUUCCUGGAAGAUCCGCUGCAAUGGUGGUCAUCACAGCAAUCCUGUCUAUUGCUAUGUUUUUCCUCCUGGUGUUACUCGUGACCAUGCUCAUCUUAGCUUUGUGCUGGGGUGAGAAGGAGCCAAUCCAAGUUCUAGGAUCCCUGCGCAUUCCACAGUAUGACACUCACCACUUUAAGGACCCAGCUCCCCAUGUUAACCCAUCUUAUGAGCAUGACCAGAGAGGCCACCCUAUAUUCAACGUACCCAGUCCCAUUAAGCUUCAGGAAUUUGAUUAAUAAAUCAUGAUGUGUAGCCAAUAAUUCAAGUAUUUCGUAUGAAUAGAUCUACAGUAUACCACAAGAUUAUUUUGGUGAGGAGGAGACUUAUUAAAGAAUGCUUUUGUUAGAACAUUCCCUUAGACACUUUUAAACAAAUCUACAUUUGAUGUAAAAUGACAAAAUAGAGCAUGCACU